AUGUCUCGCGACCUAUCCUCCCGACAUAUUCUUCCCAAUGCGCUCCCAGUUCCGGCAAUAAAGAAACUUGCAGGAAAACGAAUUGUUCUUGCCUCGAACAGCCCCAGGAGACGGGACAUUCUGAGAACCAUUGGACUUGCGCCAGAUAUAAUUCCCUCUACUUUUGAAGAAAAUCUUUCGCCCGCAUCUUUUGCGGAUAUACAUGAAUAUCCUGUUGCUACGGCGAGCCAUAAAGCGGUCGAAGUCUAUGAAAGGCUAGUGGCUGAAGAUCCAGACAACGCUCCAGAUCUUGUAAUCGCAGCCGACACAGUAGUUCUCACUCAUGCUCAGCCAUCCACAUCGCAGACUGAUUACACUCUACUUCCUUCGGUUGGUCAAGAGUUGCUUGAGAAACCCAAGGACAAGGCAGACAACCUGCGAAUGCUCAUGGAUCUCAAUGGACAAGUUUGUGAAGUCGUCACUGGAGUGACUUUAGCAUACCCAAUCCUCACUGCCCCUGGAUACGGGAUCCAUUCGAUUGACGAGCGCUCUUUGGUGUACUUUGCUGAUAACCCACAGCACUUCCUUCAAGCUUACGCAGACUCUGGUGAAGGACUGGACCGUGCAGGUGGAUUUGCUGUCCAGGGAAUGGGUGGUGUUUUGGUGAGAAAAGUAGAAGGAGAUUAUCAAAACGUUGUUGGCUUUCCGAUGGCGAGUUUCUUCAAGUUGUUAGAUGUUUUGGUUGAGGAGGAUGAUGACUUUUUGGAAAUGUAA